AUGUGGAAAACUCCCUCUACGUCCGAGCUUGAGGGACUUUUGGGGUGCAAUCCCUUUGAUGUUCUUGAUAAGAUUAAUCCAGCAGGUGGCCGGGAGGAGGUGUCUAUCUCGGAACUCAAAGAAAAGCUUGUCGGGUUGUACUUGUGCGCUGGAGGAAAUUUCAUUCCCACUCUCCAUAAGGUCUAUCAACAAUGCAGAACUCGACAGCCGGAGUUUGAGAUUGUGCUGGUGUACUUACCCUUUGGGGACUGCCUUGACCCACUGGUUUACCGGGUGAAUAUAGAUAGUUUGUUGCAGAAGAUAUCUUGGUGGCGUUUGCCCUUCAACAACUCUGUAAGCCGCAGGCUCUGGCGACUCAUUUCCUGCUACCCUGAUGACGGUAGGCUGAGAGUGCCUUGUCCAGAGGGAACUGAACAAGCUGAGGGCACUCACCUUGGAGUCAUUGCAUUGUUGGUUUAUGGGUCACAAGAUUAUGUUCUUCGAAGUAAUGAUAGGAUCGCUGUGGCAGAACUCCGAGGCAGGAAUAUACUUCUUUACCUUGAUUAUCUUGAUCUUUAUGAUGAACUAUUAACAUGGUAUCAUGAGAUUAAGGCAAAGGAUCCUGAUUUUGAAGUGGUCUUUGUUCGCCUAGAUAAUAGGAAUACUACUGAAGUAGAAGAUGAUUUAGUACUAUCUGCUCCAAUGCCUUGGUUGGUAUGCCCCUUUGACCCUGAUCACUCAGCUUCCCUGCAGAAGAACAUAUUCACGAAGGCCUGGCCAUAUGAUGCCCUCGUUGAAUUUUGA